UCAAGCAACAUGCAGUUGGUAGUUCUUGCCGUGCUGGCCUCUGUGGCCAUUGCUGCCCCCCAGUACGCAGCCCCAGCUCCAUCUCCUUCUCGCUACAGUGAUGAUGACUCUAAAGAGAAUGUUCCCAUCCUGAGGGACGAACGCGUCCACGAAGAGGACGGAACUUACUCCGUCGCAGUAGAGACUGGUGACGGAAUCCAAGUGUCAGAAUCUGGAGCCCCCACCGGUCCCGAUGGCGCUAUUGAAUCUUCUGGACAAUAUUCUUACACAGCUCCUGACGGCACAAAAGUCUCUCUAUCUUACGUCGCCGAUGAGAAUGGCUUCCAGCCCCAGUCUGACUUACUGCCAGUGGCUCCUGAGUUCCCCCACGAAAUCCCUGAAUUCGUUCGUGAGCAGAUUGCCUUCGCUGCUAAGGAAGACGCUGAACGCGAGCGCGAAGAGGCCAAAGGUCCCUCCAGAGUGUAUGGCCCCCCUCAGUAAAUUAUUACUUUGGUGCUGAUUAAUCAAAUAUCGACAAAAUGUUGUAUGGACUUUAUAUGUGAAUUACUUGUGCUGUUUCCAUCCUUUGUAUUUAUAAACUGUUGAAGUAAAACCGAGCAAAGUUAAGCUGUAUUU